AUGUCACAAUUCUGUACAAUGCCAGCUGGAGAGAAGAAGAAGCACGCAGCAGCUAUUUGUCGAGAAGUCCACAGUACCAAUGGUGACGUGAUGGAUCUGGGAAAGAAGCAUAGCACCCCCAAAGAUAUCAUGUUGGAAGAACUGUCGCUGCUCUCAAACAGAGGUUCACGCCUGUUCAAGAUGCGUCAGAGACGCUCGGAAAAGUACACGUUCGAAAGCAUACAAAAUGAGGCCAAUGCGCAGCUUAACAAUGAUAUCCUGGCCCAGAGUGCAAACAUGAUUGAAAUUAAAGUGGAUGCGCCAACCAAUGGCGACGUGCCUGAUCCAGAUGCGACUGUUCCUGAUACAGACACAGAGAAGCUAAAUGCUGCCUCUCUGCCCAAAUCCUACCACUCUCCCUGGGAGGAGGCCAUCAUCAAUGAUCCAGGCCUCGCUGAAACUUUCAAACUGGGCAUGCCUGCGAUGGACCCUCCACCAGAACUUCCCGAAUACAAAAGCUUCAACCGGGUGGCAACCCCAUAUGGCGGGUUUGACAAAGCACCGAGAGGAAUCAUAUUCAAACUUCCAGAACUGGAUCUCAACCUUCCUAAGUACCCAGAGCUCCAGGAUCCGGGAAUGAAGAGGCCCACCUUCAACAGAAGCGCCCAAGGAUGGAUAUCUGAGGGCACCCACCUCAUCUUGCCCACAAUCACCCUGGAGUCUAUCCAAAUCCCAGAGUCCGAAGACCUGUAA